AAAAUCCAGGACCUUUGCUCUGCUAUAAUGAGAAAGAAGAAGAAAAAGAAAUCAAAACUGAAGGAAAAUCUCAGAUGGGCAGGAGAGUCCCAGAGAAGAGGAUUAAUUCUUGUUCCAAACAGCAUCCCACCAUGUUAACCUCUGGUGCUCUCUUCCUUCUCCUGGCUGUGCUGUCCAAGAGUUGGCUGACGACGGAAGCUGCAGAUCCCAAUUGUUCCAGUGUGGCUGACCUUGAUGAUUGUCCAGGCAGUGCAAGUGAUUUCUGCCCAGAAGGAGUUGCCUGUGGUUGUAAAGAUCAAAUUCCCUUUUGCAAGUGCCCUUCCUACCAAAAUGGCUGGAAAAAUUACUGGUACAUGGGUGCCAAAUGCGAGGAGCUUUGGAGCACUUUGGACUUGAUUUUAGUCGUCGUUUUCCCCGCAGUGGCUUUGUCUUUUGUAGCUGCUGUCACAACACAGUGGGUCCAGUAUUGCAAGGACAAGCCAGGGAAAGAAGCCAAGCGAAGCCGUAUUCAGGCAAGGCAGCUGAGCCCUGAACCACAGCGUAAUUCAGAAUAUGCUCCUAAACUGGCCGAUAGGUUGAGAUCUGCCUCUUAUUCACAAGGAAGACAGAAUGAUGGGGGAUCACAAGAUAUUAAAUUUUCCAGGUACCCUCUCCAAAGCUACCCUCAUGAACAAAUACAGUCACCACAUACCGGAGGCUACAGCCAGAUGCCUCACCAGCCAUUGAGAAGAGCUGUUCCAUACCAAGAUGAUGUUUUUGUGGGUCGGUCUUCCCAGGUUGGCCAGCUUCACUCGUGGGAGAGUGAGGUGCCUGAUGUGGAUUAUGAGGACACAAACCCAUUUUCUGCUAUACCCAUGCAACAAUUUCCUAGACCCGGGGCAUCAGUGGUUCCUCGGCCUGAGUACCAGAAGUAUGGCCAUCAACCACUGAAUUACAUGAAUGGUCAAAGAGCUGGAAGGCCCUAUGGGAUUGGGCAUCAACAGGAUAGAUACACCUAG